UUUGCGGUUUUAUUUUAGUAAACGUUUAUAGAGCAAAGAAGAACAUGGACGAUUGUGAAAUUAUUGGCAUUAUAUUAGAAUUUAUAAGCGAAGUGUUGUUUGGUUGUAAGUUGAAGAAAACCGCAAAUCCAAUCAACAGAAUAUAACUCUGUCUUUCUAUAGCUGAGGACGACGACGGCUCGGUUGACGAUUACGAUAAAUAAAGUUUAAU